CGGACUCGUACACGUAGAGGGCGGGACGUGGGAACUCCGUAUAUUGCAAACCUCCCGAGACUCGACCCGACGUCGAAAGUGCAAACCCCCGAUUUAGAUCGCCUCGCCAACUAGUAAUCCAAGUCUCUCCGUCACCCGAAGCCGACCAACAAACAAGCCGAUUGAUCGAUGGACACCACAACACCGACGACCGAGAAGAUGCCGUCGCCUAGCCUCAUCGAACGGGUCCGCCGUCACGCAAUCUCCGGCGGCAUCUUAGGCUCCGCCGUGUACUUCUCCCAGGGCGCCACCAAGUCGCCGAGCGGGAGCCGCCUCUUCGGCGGGGCUCUGGCGGUCCCGAGGAACGUGCUCAGGAUCGGCAGCUUUGCGGCCUGGUAUGGCGCCGCCAAGUCGGUCAGGUGCGCCGUGGCCCCAGACUACCCCUUUGAAACCACGGUCGCCUGGGGCGCCACCAACGCCCUAUUCGCCAUGCGCCACGGGAGGCGCGCGGCCUGCCGAUCCGGGCUCAGAGGUGCGGCCCUAGGCGUGGUCGCCGACAUGGCCCAGUAUGGCGUAAAACGCUUCCUUGCCUCACGGCGGUCACGGGCAGAGGAGCGCCGCAUAGCCCGUGAGUCGGCUGCUUGCCCGGCUGGGAUUCCCGCCGACACAUGUCAUGCUUGAUCCAUGUUACUUUGUUUGUGUUUGAGGAGUACUUUGCAUGCCUGUCAAACUGUAAUUUUUUAUCCAUAAAUUAGAGUAUAUGAAAGCGAAUA